AUGAGCCCGCUGAGUGUCGCCGGCAGUGACCCGGGUAGCGCCACUGAUCGAAAUCCGUUGAGGGCCUCGCACUUCGCCGCUGCUGCUGCUGCGAGACAAGGAAGUAACGCAUUGGAUGAUGAUACUAAUAACUCUUACCAAAGUGAGCAGCAGCAGCAGCAGCAGCAGCAGCAGCGGGCGCGUUAUACGGCCGGCUCGAUCGGCUCUAUGUCCGUGCUGUCUGACGACGGCAACAGUGACCUUAUGCUUGGAGGAAUCACCUACCCAGCCGGAGAAGACGCGAGCACCUCCCCGCACAACAAACUCGCAGCAUCACCGAACACGUUUGAGUUGACGGCGACUACUCAGCAUCAGCAACAGCGGCAGCGUCCACCGUCGUCGCUGCCCGUCACCCUGCCGAGCUGCCCAGACAGCCUCGCCUCGUUUGAUGCCUUCAUCCAAGGCGCCUCGGCCCCGGCGUCGCCCCUGCGCAGUGGCCACUCCUUCGCCUUCUCCGCUGGCACGAGCUUCCACGCGGUGGCAGCAGCAGCAGCGGCGGCCACCACCACCACCACCGCCACAGCUCCUGCCCGUCUCCCGCAGAAGCUGGAUCGUGCGAUUGGUGUGCUGGACACCCCGCUCCUGCCACUGUUUGGGUUACCGGGGUCGCUUGGCGAGUCCCUCCCGGUCAGCGAGGCAGCAGCGAUCGCGGCCGCCGCCGGCUCGCCUAGUCAAGAAGCGCCUCCGCAGCAACGCAUCCAAAGGGACGGUGCGUGGGAACAACUCGAACGCUUCCUGCACCAUCGCGCCAGGUCUGUCGAGAGCAGCACUGCCUCCGGCAACAGCAGAAACAAUCAGAGCGGCACCCUCAAAGCUGGUGGUGGUGGCGGAGGGUCGGGUAAGGCAAACGGCGCCGUGGCCGAUGCAGCGGACGUGGACUGCGUAGAGGCGCUCCUUCACCUGCUGUACGCCUGCGUCCUCUCGACGCUUCGGCACGCCGGACAGCGCAUCCGUGUGAUGGAAGCACGCACGGAGAGCAGCAGCAGCAGCAACACGAAGAAGACGAAGAGCAACGCAGCAGACGAGGAUUGUGCGAGGUACGCGGCGGUGAACCAUCCAUUCCUGCGGGGGGUGGCAGAGCGCGGGCUGCUGAGCACGUACAUGACCGUAUGCGGCUGUUCUCGCGCAACGGUCAGCGAGGACGAAAGCACGCCGCCGCAGCAGCUGCGGCGGCGAGAAUUACCGUCGCUAAACCUGUACGUGCCGACGCGGGUGCUACGCGCCACCAUCGCCGACUUCGAGGAGCACGACGCCGCGGCGAUCGUCCCCGCGGGUGAAGGGGAUCUCCGCGAUGUGAAGGACACGCUAACGGCGGCGUCAAGCAUCGUCGCCGCGCUCGAGCGACAGCGGAAGCAAACCGGCGCCUUGCGGACGUUAAUCGGGGACGACGUACGAGCCUGGGAAGCGGCGCGUGACGCAACUCGGCGCUCCCGUGAGAACUAUUUUUCUUACUGGUCGGACUACGCACAGAGGCCGGUGCAGCCACCUGCACCGGUGCACCGCGCUCGGCCGGCGGUGGAUGCGGUGUUGCGCUCGAUGGAACUCUCGGUGUCCGUGCAGCUGCAUCAUGUCGGGCAGCUGCGCCGUCUGCUCUCCCACGGUCUCAUACGUGAUGCUGCAGGAGGCGCUUUCGUUGGCAGCGGUCGUGGUGAGACGGAGAAGGAAGUCCGCCGCUACCUGCGCACGCACGUUGCGCAAAUCGAACGCAGCGGCGACGACGACGGCGACGCGGCAGCCGACGCGGGUUCUCCGCCUCCGUCGCUGUCGCCGUUCUUUGUGGUCCCUCCCACGAUGCGCGGCGUCCUGUGGGGUUGUCUGCUGCACGUUCCGGCAGGUCGAAGGCGGGAGGCCAUCUUUGCCUACGCCGUCCAUCGCACCGCGGCAAAACCAUCGUUGAACGACCGGCAGCUCGCCGUCGACAUCCCUCGCUGCCACGCCUAUCACCCGCUUCUCGCCUCGUCGAAAGGCUCCGCGCAGCUGCAACGCCUGCUGAAGGCGUGGCUCUUCCUGCACCCACGCUACGCCUACUGGCAGGGUCUCGACAGCGUCUGUGCGGUGUUGCUGACGGUGAGUCCGCACGAUGAGGCCAUGGUCCUCGCGCAGCUAGACGCUAUUGUGGACGGCUUCAUUGCCCACGACGACGGCAGCGGCGGUGGCGGUGGCGAGGAUGGAUUCGGCAGUCGCUCAAGUCUGCUAAUGCCAGCCGCAACAGCAUCGUCUCCGUUAACGCAGCAGCCGAAGCCGAAGCCGUCGAUGGCAGAUCAGCUGCAUCGCCUCUCGGUUGUACUGCGCUACUGUGACCCGCUGCUGGCGCACUACCUCUUUGGCGUGCUCGGCUGCACGCCGGAGCUGUACGCGAUUAGCUGGCUGCUGACGCUCUUCUCGCACAGCCUGCCCACGCGCAAGGUGCACUUGCUGUGGGACUUACUGUUCGUGGAGGGAGAUGUGGACAGCGGUGGUGGCAGCGCGUGUUUAGUGGCUCUGUGUGCGGCUGUCAUGGUGCACCGCCGGGCGGCGCUGCUGAGCUCGGACUUCUCCGGCUGCCUCACCGCCUUCAGCAGUGGCACGUCGCAGCUCGAUGUGGCCGCUGCCGUCGGUGACACACGGCGGUUGUUGUCGGUGCUGCCGCCCUCCGUGCUGGCGCAGCCCGUCGCGGAUGACGUGGUGGACACGCCGCAUGGCGGACGACGCCCACGACAGCGCCCUUCCGCUCUCGCGAGAGGGGCAGCAGCAGCAGCCACCGCCGGUAGCGGAGGCGCGAGCAGUGCGACGGAUACCGCAACCCUCGCCUACCUGUCCGUCGAGGAUUUGAAGUCAGCGUGGGCUGUUGCGCAGCGGCGGACCGCGUCUUCGUACGACCCCACCGGUGCAGCCGCGGAAGGAGCAGCGCAACGGCAGCAGCACUGGUCUGACACGGGCGUUUAUUUAGUCGACAUACGUCCCUGCGACCCCCGCACCGGUCCGCAUGACUCCUUGCUGAGUGCCAUUCACCUACCACUGCACCCCGCCGGUGUCUCGCCGACGCCGUCGGCGUCGCUGUCGUUCGGCCACAUCGCACCGCCCUCGCCGCGCACCGCGGAAGUUCCCGACCGGGCGCCACAGAACGGAAGCCGCGGAGAUCGCCGGAGUCGCCAGGACGUGGACGAGGUCGAGCAGCGCACGACAGCGGCCACGGCGGGGGAGGGCUGGGGUAUCGUGGACGAACAGGAGCGACUGCAGGAGCAGCAGCAGCUGACGCAGGAGGCGCAGGAGCGACACGUGGCCGACGCAGCGGCGGAGCUCGUGCGGUUCAUGGGCAACCCCUUCGUCGCCGCCAUUGUCCCCUGCACGAGCGACGCCAGCGAUCGUGGGGCGUCGUGGGCGGUGCACCCGCUGGUGCUGAAGACCUCGAUGGCGCCGCAUGUGGUGAUAGUGGCAGGUGACGGGAAGAGUACGAGUAGCAACAGCAGUACGGCAGGAGAAAGCGAGGAAGUGGAACUGGCGCAUCAGCUCGGCCUGCAGCUAAAUGCGUGUGGCGUGCACAACGUGAGCGUGCUGCGUGGUGGUAUGGCGGCGAUCCGUGUGGCGAUGCCGGAGUUGGUCGUGCCGCACGCUCAGGAGUCGUGA